AUGUCAACACAAUCAAGCUUUUUAACGUAUUUACGAUGGCUCACCGUCAUAAACAUUCUCUUGAUCACAAAAGCUGAAGGCGGUGGACCUCUCGGUGCUCAUUGUCAGACGAGUGCUGACUGCAACGUUUCAAAUUCUCGCUGCGACAAAGGAGUUUGUUCUUGUCAACCGUAUUACGCACGAGUUGACAACGCCACGUGUCUUGAAUCUACACUUUUAGGAUCCGAAUGCGUGGUAUCAGAACAGUGCACCCUUAAAGUGGCAUUCAGCGCCUGCUUGGAAGGUGUUUGCCGAUGCACGGACGGACAUUUGCAAUUCAGAAAACAUACAUGUCUUUCUCCUGCCCCACCGAGCCACGUAUGCUAUAGUAACGAACAUUGUCGUUUAUGGGAUAAGGAGAGUCACUGCGAAUUUGUGAUUGCAAAUCUUUUCGGGAGAUGCGCAUGCAACAGUCUUUUCCGACAAACUGGUGAUAGAUGCAUUUCUCAGAAAUCCGCAUUAUAUUCGACGGAAGCAGUAAUUGCUGAACAAGAUGCAGCUGUCUUAGAAUCAGCUAAUGCAACGAUACCUCACAAAGAAAACAAACUUCCCACCUACCUUAACCCAGCCUCAAAAGAUCCUUUUGGACUUCAAAAUGUCUUAAUCGACACAGACGAUACAGAGCCGAGUAAAUUACCGAUGUUCACAAGUAAAAAUGAUGUUCUAAGUACACAAGAAGACAGUCCAUUAAUGCAAGCCGUUAUGAAAGUUCCAACACUCGAGCCCGCAAAACGCCUUCCACCCGCGAAUAAGAAAGACGGUGAACAAAAUGAAUUGAUACGUGUCGAAGAAAUGACUGCUAAUUUACACGCAAACGAUCAACCCGUGUACAGAGUAGUAACCCAACCAUCCACAGAAAAGAAAACCAAUAAAAAAACUGUAGGAAGUAAAGACCAACAAAAUAUAGGGAAUAAGCCAUACAAAAGCGGUCACCAAAAGAAACCAUCUUCAAAAGAUAAACAUCGUAUUCGUGCGGAUGUAUCUCCAGUGUUCAGUCUUGGUCCAGCGUCACUCGGAAUGCCUUGCUUAAAAGAUUCGCAAUGCCACCAGGUGGAUCCCUAUUCACGAUGUUUUAAUAAACGAUGUGACUGCGCGUACCGCACCAACUCCACGUCGGCUUGUUCAGCACGCAACAGGGGAUGCUUGCCAGGAACAUUUCAGUGUCGUUCCACUGGGACGUGUAUCAGUUGGUACUUCGUGUGUGACGGCCGCAAGGACUGCCCUGAUGGAUCCGACGAAAGAUGCUAUGGUACUGGUAAAGAUGGAACCGGCGAGCGAUGUCCGAUGCACGCGUUCCGGUGCGGCGGGGCGGGCUCGCGCUGCGUGUCGCGGGCGGCGCGCUGCGACGGCACGCCGCAGUGUCCCGCCGGCGAGGACGAGCGCAACUGCCGCGCUACCAGGCGUAGGGGCUGCCCGAGGCAUACAUUUAGAUGCGGAUCUGGCGAAUGUCUACCAGAGUACGAGUUUUGCAACGCAAUCAUCUCCUGCAAGGAUGCUUCAGACGAACCACCUCAUCUCUGCAAUGAACAAUCCAGAUGGCGCGCAGCGGACUUCUGCCCGCUGCGGUGCGGCAACGGGCGCUGCCGCAGCACGGCCGUCGCUUGCUCCGGACGCGACGGCUGCGGCGACAACAGCGACGAGAUCGCUUGCACCGUCUGCAGAUGUCCAGCCCCGUCACCAACAUCUUAA